AUGAGCAACCCGAUUCCGAGUGUCGACAUGGGACAGCAAUUGCAGCAACUUCAGCAACUCCAACUAGAUGGACCAACUCGUGCAGCUAUCAGCAUUCUUACCUCGUCGCUACAAGCUAUGCAGCAUGACGUCUCCACUAUCAAACAGCUCCAGGAACAAUAUAAUGAAGUCGUUGAGCAAAAUAAGGCCCUGGCCGAGAAAAACUCUUCCCUUGAAGCUGAGGUCACUCGACUCCGACAGGCACUUGAAAAGGCCAAGACACCUGCUACUACCAUGAAUCCUACCGCCACAAAGCCUCCAACACUAUCCGUUCCUCCUUCUACUGGUACUGCUGCUUCAACAUGGGCUUCACUCACAGCGAAACACACACCUAUUAUGAAGCCACGCACCGUUCGUAAGAUUGCAGCAGCUGCACGUCUCUUUUCUCAACCCGAUCCAAAUGCUGUCAAAGGCUUUGAAUAUGUGUACAUCCCUCGCUCUCGACGUUUGACCUAUCGUGAAGCACGUGCAAAACUUCGCACCCUUGGCAUUGAUACCUAUCGUAUCCUUGAUAUCACUUUCCCAGCCCGAUCCACUAUUGGUCUUUUGAUCCAUGCACAGUACCAUGAUGAGUUGAUCCACACCCUUGCUCAAGCCAAAAUUCGACCAAUCAAGGAUUUUGAUCCCACAGACCCUGCUCAUAUUGCUGACCCCAAGCAUGAACAGCUCAACGUUGAAGCACGUACAACCCUUGCCAUGAAUCUUCAUCGUCAACGUUGCACUCGCGCUCUUCUUCGUAUGCCCUACUAUCUCGCUGUUAACGUUGGCAAGGCUUUUGUGGCUGAUGGUAUCAUGGAUCAAGACACACUCGAGGACACACUCAAGGAUUGCGAUGGUGCACCUGUUCCCCAAGAUGAUGAUGACCGCGACAAGCCCACUUCCUCUUCGUCUUCGGCUAUGGAGGAGGAUGAACGUGAGCUGCUUGACUCUUACAUCGGUGCCAAUAAGGGAUUAUAA